CCUGGCUCCAAAGAGAACUGAGGAAGAGGAGGAAGAAGAGCUGGAGGAGACUGUGCAGGAGAAGAAGCUGCGCUUGGCCAAGCUGUACCUUGAACAGCUCAGGCAGCAAGAGGAGGAGAAGGCUGAGGCUCGUGAAUUUGAGGAGGACCAGGUGGCGGGGCGCCUGAAAGAGGAUGUGCUGGAGCAGAGGGGCAGGCUGCAGAAGUCAGUGGCAAAGGAGAUCCAGGCCCCAGCCCCCACCGACAUUCGAGUUUUACGGGGCCAUCAGCUUUCCAUCACAUGUUUGGUCAUCACCCCUGAUGACUUGGCCAUCUUCUCUGCUGCCAAAGACUGCACCAUCAUUAAGUGGAGUGUGGAGAGUGGACGGAAGCUGCAUGUGAUUCCUCGAGCCAAGAAGGGUGCCGAGGGGCAGCCACCCGGCCACAGCAGUCACAUCCUCUGCAUGGCCAUCUCCUCCGAUGGCAAGUACCUUGCCUCUGGUGACUGUAGCAAACUCAUUCUCAUCUGGGAGGCCCAGAGCUGCUGGCACCUGUACACCUUCACAGGACACCGCGACGCUGUGUCGGGUCUGGCGUUCCGCAGAGGGACUCACCAGCUCUACAGCACGUCACAUGACCGCUCUGUGAAGGUGUGGAACGUGGAGGAGAACUCCUAUGUGGAGACGCUCUUUGGGCACCAGGAUGCUGUGGCUGCACUGGACGCCUUGAGCCGCGAGUGCUGUGUGACAGCCGGGGGCCGGGACGGGACUGUACGUGUGUGGAAGAUCCCCGAGGAGUCCCAGCUUGUCUUCUAUGGCCACCAGGGCUCCAUCGACUGCAUCCAUCUGAUCAAUGAGGAGCACAUGGUGUCGGGCGCAGACGAUGGCUCUGUGGCCUUGUGGGGCCUCUCUAAGAAGCGGCCACUUGCCCUGCAGCGUGAAGCUCAUGGGGUGCAGGGGGAGCCGGGCUUGGAGCAGCCCUUCUGGGUAUCAUCAGUGGCAGCUCUGCUCAACACAGACCUCGUGGCCACAGGCUCCCACAACUCCUGUGUGCGGCUUUGGCAGUGUGGGGAGGGCUUCCGGAGACUUGAUCCUCUCUGUGACAUCCCCUUGAUGGGUUUUAUCAACAGCCUCAAGUUCUCCAGUGCUGGGGACUUCUUGGUGGCUGGAGUUGGGCAGGAGCACAGGCUUGGCCGUUGGUGGCGGAUCAAAGAGGCUCGGAAUUCAGUCUGCAUCAUCCCACUGCGCAGGGUUCCUGGACCCCCAGUCGCUGGCUCCUGACACUCUCACUCUCCUUAUUUAAGUCCUUCUCAGGCCCUGUACCACUUUUUGUAUUAAAAGUGUCUGCUUUUGGG